AUGUCUGCUUAUCGUUCACCACCCUUUCCUGGGAAGUGUGGGAAAUAUCGUUGGUAUCGAGAAUGCGGUAUUAUACCAUAUACACACGAUAUCGACUUUACGGUCUUCAUCGAGGAAUACUAUAACAAAUUUCCUGAAGAUGUUAUGAAUAGUUCGUUUAUCAAACUUAGUCUGCGAUUCAACAGAGUGAGUUACAGCACAGCGUUGGUAUCAGUAAGAAAAGGACAAAUAAAUGAUGAAUUAAUUGGUUGA